AUGCAGCUUGAUACUGUCAGGGCGGCACUGCUCGGGCUGAAAGAUGUGGACGAGUCCGUGGAACCUCAACUAAUAGAUUAUUUUACAUUCAUUUAUAGCCAGCUCGAGACGGAUCGUCUUUCUGCGUGCAGUACUUUGUGUAUCUGGCUCACUAGAUCGCAGCGACUCAUCGAGAACAGUGUUGGCAACAAUGACAAGAUCGUUUCUUUGGUGACUGAUAGAUCUGACUAUUUUUUACAGUACAUCAUUGAUUUCUGGAAUGAGUCUGGGGCCCCGCUGGGCAAAUGUCUUCGAGAUUUGUUUGCAAGGUUGACUUUAUUUAUAUAUCGUGCCCCGUCUAAAGACCGUAUCUUCAAAGCAUAUAUUGAUCGAUGUCUGCAGCUUCCAUAUUCUUCUAGAGCAUUAUAUUUUCUAUUGGACCAUCUUAUCAACGAGCCACAAUGGAGUGCCUAUGUGAUCCAACACCGUCCGUUCUUUAUCCAAGGAGCUAUCGAAUACAUAUGGAGCAAUGCUUUAGCUAGCUGUACUGGAAAGACUGUGUCCUUACUUUUGAAAAAUCUAUACACAGGGAGUAACCCAUCGUCUUGGCUUUCUUUGUGGAAAGAGCCUGUGAUUCAUAAUUUGGAACUUCCAGAGUUGAAAAAACAUACAGAAACCUAUCUGCUACCGAGUCUUUUCAAAAUUUGCAAAUCUGCUACCGAAAAAUUUCUUGAUGCGGUGAGACCAAACACUCCGAUAUUUCUUGGAUGCUUGAGAAUCGCGCAAGAUCUUGCAAUCGUCUCCGACCCAACAAGCUUUCUGUCCUAUGACGAGUUCAGAGCUUUGUUGUUGCAGCAGGAUGAUCAGCUGCGGUUGAUUGCAUUAUCUUUGCUCCUUUCAUCCCCUAAAGGAGCCAUGCCUGUACAAAAUACAGUGUACCACCUUCUGGAGGACACCACUGACCACCUAUUUUCCCAAACGAGUUUGGAGACUAGAACCGCCUCUCUCUCUUUGCUCAACAAUUUUAUCAUCAGGAUCAGAGAUUCGUCGUACGCUCUGGACAGGGACGCAAAGAGUUUGACCAAAAAGGACUAUGCCAGAUUUGAGCAGGAGAUAGUAUCCAAAGAAAUGCUUGUCUCUGAUGCUCAGCAGUUUCUUGCGACCUUAUUGGAAAAGGUGCUAUUCAAUAUGCGUCCAGGCUCGUCGUACCACUGUGUCUCUUUUAGCUACGCAGUCCUGAAAUCUCUAGUGAGGUCUGGUCUCGAUAGCAGGGUCGACAGCCGCAAUUUCGACAAGUUCAGACACAUUGAUUUUCCUUUCUCAAUGGAAGUGUACUCCGCAACUCUGAUCCGCAUCCUUAUCGACCACUUGUCUGAUGACUACGAUGAUAUUCGUGCAAUAUCCUGCAAAUUUCUCGAAAUGUGUCCUGUUGACGUAGAAAAUUUUGUGGAUCUUGAGCUUGCUCAAAAGAGAAGUCUCUGGCUACUUUCCGACAUGAAGGGCAAGAGUGUGGACUCUGCGGGCAAGUUUUUUCAGUUCUUGGUCAGACAUAGAAGGGAUAAAGGCGUUGACGUUGGGCCUGUCCUGGGGCUGCUGCUACAGAGCUUGAGACAGGAUAUCGACUCCUCACACAAUCUUGGUGAGGCUUGCUUCAAAGCCAGUGUGCAAGGGUACUUCUCCGCACUCAAGCAUAUUUUCACCGUCAAGAGCGAUGACUUGGAAAAGUACGUUCCUGCCCUGAUCGAUUGUUGUAUGGAUAUCUGGCAGAUCACGAAAGACGUGCUGCAGAACGAUUCGCCUGAGGGAAAUUUACCGGAGGAAGUGGAAGAAUACAGUGCAGAUUUGGAAGCAAAGUACGGGAAGGCGUCACAAGUGGUCUACAAUUAUUGUUGGAGAGCUUUGAAAGAGUCGACUAAUUUGCUCGAAAUACUCAUAUCAAAGUACACCAUAGACCAAGAGCAACUCCGAACGAUAGGCGAAAUCCUUAUGGAGCAGCUUGCAACGGUCCGGCACAAGGGUGCCUUCACCUCCGUUUUCCCUACAUAUGUGGCGUGCUGUAAGAAAUCCAACUAUACCAAGGAAUGGCUUGCGCAGACUCUUCAUCUGGUCAAGCACGAGAAAAUCUCAAUCACAAGAAGAUCUGCCGGGAUACCGUUUCUUCUCACCGCUAUGCUGCGCUCUGACGACAAGUUGAUAGCCCCCACGAUGGAUAGUCUUGUUCAAAUAGCACAGCUACCAAUUGACAAGAAUGCAGCAUUAUCCACCAACAUCCCCCAAGUUAACGCCAUCAACUCAAUCAAGGCCAUCAUUGUGGACUCUGCUUUGUCUCAUGCCUCCGCAAGUUACGUUGGACAGGCAUUGCAACUCGCGUUGGACUCUUUUGGUUCCAAAAUCUGGGCCGUUCGAAAUUGCGGAGUGAUGCUUUUCGCUGCGUUGCAGACGAAGCUUUUUGGAAGCAAGAAAAUUAACAACAAUCAUCUGUCCACAAUCUCUGCACGAUUGUUCUUUUCCAGGUUUAAGACCAUCCGCAGUGUCCUUCUCGAGUCGCUCUCGGACUCCAUCAGCAAAGGGUUCACAAAAGACAAUGUAGAGAAAAUGUAUCCCGUGCUCACCACAUUGACGCGACUCGAAGCCACGCCGGGCUACGAGGGCCUGCAAGAAUUCAAGCCGCUUGUUCUCGCCUGUUUGAGUAACGAAAGCUGGAAAUUACGGGAAAUGGCCGCAAGAGCACUUCCUGCUUUGGUGUCCUCUGAGACAGUGUUUGAGGAAUGCUCUGCGCUACUGCAAAAACCAGGAAAUCUCAAUGCAGUCCAUGGCUCGAUUUUGGCUGUUCAGGAACUGAUCACACGACAAGAGCUGAAAAAUGAAUGGUCUGAGGUUCCCGAGGAGUACAUGGGUUUGAUCCUGUCUCAACUGCCUGACAUGCUCAAGAAAAAACACUAUGCUAUCCAACUGACAUAUUUGAGGCUAAUAGAACUCACCAAGUGCAAACUGGAUUCCACAUCGGUAUUCCUGCUAGGCAACUGGUUUAUUGAGAACGAGCAGACUUCUAGUCUUGACGGUUCGCGCCAGCUCUCAUUGAGAAAUUGUGCAAAUCUACUAUUGAACUACUACAAAAUGUCUGGCAAGUGGAGCGUUUUUAUUGACUUCUUGGAGCUUGCAAUGAACUCACUCUACGACGUACGUGUUGCUGCUAUUGAGUCGUGUGACUCAGCUCUUCCAAAUAAUGUGAAGUCUGAAGCAAUCCGGAUUUUGUGGGACCUUUGCCAGCGUGAGGAUUGGGACUACGUUAAAUCCUUGGCCUUGAAAUGCCUGAAAAACCUUUUAGCAACUACGGGAUCCGACGACCUCAAAAUGGUACACAGCCUGUUCUCUCUUCUCACCUUGCACACAGACAGUGAUAUUGAGAUGAGUCUAAUUGAGGCGUUAGGACCUUUGGUUGGAAAGCAAUUGAAUCCAUUGCAGUUCGAUAGAUGGUUCAAGACAGUGAAACGUCUGAGUGUCGAUGGCUGUGAGUUUCCAGCUAGAAGAGCGUCUUUGAAUGCGCUCAUUGGAUUCAAUUCUGUUCAUACCGGAGACGAUUUCUUCGGAGUCCAGGUAAGACUGAAAUUAUUUGAUUAUCUUUCUGACGACGACGAUGAGUUGCGUUCUCUUUGCGCACGCCAUUUGUCCGGCUACCUUGGACUCGAAAAGGCGAUGGUUCCCGUUGAAGUGGAAAGGAGAAUGGUGGAUUAUUUCAUCAGUCAGGGGCAAAUAGUCGUUGCGUUCGAUGAUAUGUUCCAUCUGGCUACUCGGUGUGAUUUCAGUCAAUUGUUUUGCAUAGACUCGCUACUAUUUGCUCCAGAAAAGGACAAUUUCUACAAAAAUCCUAUUCGGCGCAGUCUUCAGUUCCAGCAGCUCGCCGUGGGUGUAAAAGCCAAUUUGGAUUCAUGGCGUAAAAAGGUGGAAGCUAAUCUGAGGUCAAUUUCUGACUUAGUCGACGUGGACGGAUGUUUUGGUCCUUUGACUGAGCCAAACAAGUUCAACUUCGUUUACUGCACCCUCCUAGAGGUGCAGGUGUUACUUAAAGCUGGAAAGCAAGUCGAUUUGCCACGUCUGCCUCCCAACUGCCACCCUUUGAUUCUGCAAUUGGCGAAUUCUCUCUAA